AUGAGCACGGCCGUGCUGAAGGUCCCCGGUGCGGCUCCGCUCGGCGAGAAGCGGCUGGGGUCGGAAGAGGCCCCGGCUACCGAGAGCCCCAACGCCAAGCGCCCGCGCCUGGGCCCAGACCCGCUGCCAGGAUUCGUGCCCUGCCUGCAAGCCCCCGCCCGCGGCACUGAGGGGCACGACACGAGCGUCCUGCAGAUCGGGCCGUACGUCCUGCUGGAGCCCAGGGACGGGGGCCGCUCCUACCGCGCCGCGCACCGGCCCACGGGGGCCGAGUACAGCUGCAAGGUCUACCCGAUGAGGAGCUACCAGGAGGCGAUGGCCCCGUACGGACGGCUCCCGCCGCACCCCAGCGUGGCCCGGGUGGCCGAGGUGAUCCAGGGGGACCGCAGCGCCUACGUCUUCUUCCCACCCAGCCACGGUGACAUGCACAGCCACGUGCAGCGCCGCAAGCGCCUGCCCGAGGCCGAGGCCGCCGCGCUCUUCCGGCAGAUGGCGGAGGCUGUGGCCCACUGCCACCAGCACGGCGUCGUCCUGCGGGACCUCAAGCUCCGCAAGUUCGUCUUUGCCGACCGGGAGAGGACCAGGCUGGUGCUGGAGAGCCUGGAGGACGCGCACGUCCUGAGCGGCCCCGACGACGCGCUGUCGGACAAGCACGGCUGCCCGGCCUACGUGGGCCCCGAGAUCCUGCGCGCCAGGCCGCGGUACUCGGGGAAGGCGGCCGACGUGUGGAGCCUGGGCGUGGCGCUGUACACCAUGCUGGUGGGGCGCUACCCCUUCCAGGAGGCCGAGCCCACCCUGCUCUUCAGCAAGAUCCGCCGCGGCGCCUUCUCCGUCCCCGGCGGCCUCUCGGCCCGCGCCCGCUGCCUCGUGCGCUGCCUGCUGCGCAGGACCCCGGCGGAGCGGCUCAGCACCCCGGCCAUCCUGCUGCACCCCUGGCUCGCCGGCGCCGGGGGCACCAUCCCAGAGCCCUGCUCCGGCCCCUGCGGGAGGCGGGGGCUGGACCAAGUGGUGCCAGACGUCUGGGGCAGGAGGGACGAGGAGGAGCAGGAGGAAGACCUGUACAGCUGAGCCUCUGGAGAGCCCCAGGACGUGCUAGCCAAGCGAGAGGGGCAGGGGCUGGCCUCUGGGCCCCAGCUCGCCUGCAGCCCAGGCCGGAUCGCGGCAGGGCGCCCGGCCAACGCUCACGCCCACGUGCCUUAGACCUGGGGACCAGCCACCGCCACGCCCGGACCCGGGUCGUCCCCGCGCCGGCCCAGCGGGGAGCUGCUCGCACUUCCCACACCUCGGACUCAGGGAGGACGGGGUUACUGUGACUGACACCCCCGCCCCGAGUGCCCCGUGCUGGGGGUGCUCGUACCUACGUGUGCCAAAGAACUGGCUGCAACUCCCGUCACUAGCAAUGCCCCCAGCCCGCGGGCUGGAUGGCAAGCAGCCGGGGCCGUCAUCUCUCGCCGGGGCUCUGAAUCCACCCGCGCAGGGAGCCCGAAGCUGCCCCCAUGUCCAGCCCUGGGGGUCUCCAGCGGGCUGGCUUUGCCCUCCUGCUCCCCCCCACCACGGGCACCCACGGCUGCUCCCAGCC